AUGUUGGAGUUCUAUCCAAUGCCCACGAACCUGAAUCAAGUCGGCGGAAGCUUGUACUCGCUGCAGCAGAAUCAUGGAGGUGCGCGCUUCCUGGAUAGUCCGAGUGCAACGAGUGUCGAUGUAAACAACACCAUCAAAAAUGUCUGCUUUCCGAGCACUAACAGCAUCAGCAGCAAUAACAAUAACAACAACAACAGUAGCACACCGAGCAACAACCACAAUUUGCCAGCAAAUAUUUCUGGGAGUACCAACAACAGCCCAAUAUCAACAGCUUCAUUAACAGCAUCUGUAAUACCCUCAAAGCAACAACAGCAUCCGAGUCACGCAGUCUCGCCAGCCCAAAUUAACAGCUGCCCAACGCCCACUGGACUCAGCCCCAAUAACAACAACAACAACCAUAACAACAAUAACAACAACAACAACAUCAUCAACAAUCGAUCAGCGUCGCCGCUAACGUUGGCAUCGACAUCGAAAUUGUCUGCCGAUUGCAGUGGACGCACAGAAGUGGGUCAUAUUAAAUGCGAGAAGAACUACGAACUAUGCGAGGGCUGCGGACAAAAGAUCCAUGACAGAUAUCUGAUGAAUGUCGGUGACUCCAAUUGGCACGAGCAGUGCCUAGCGUGCUGCUACUGCGGCAUGCAACUAAAUCACACAUGCUACGUGCGCAACUCGAAGCUCUAUUGCAAGCAGGACUACGAUCGACUGUUUGGAAUCAAGUGUGCCGCCUGCUGUCACUCGAUUCUGCCACAGGAGCUGGUCAUGCGGCCCAUACCUAACUACGUUUUCCACCUAUCCUGCUUCGUUUGCUUUGCCUGUCGGUUACCCCUGCAGAAAGGCGAGCAGUUCAUGCUGCGGGACGGACAGCUCUUCUGCUAUCGUCAUGAUUUGGAGAAGGAAAUGUUCCUGGCGGCGGCUGCAGGCCAGCACUGUGGGUUUGUGGGCCUCGACGAAGAGGAUCUGUUGCGACCGCGGGACGGACGACGCGGCCCUAAAAGGCCGCGUACUAUACUGACCUCACAGCAGCGGAAACAGUUCAAAGCAUCGUUUGAUCAAUCGCCCAAGCCGUGCCGAAAAGUGCGUGAGGCGCUCGCCAAAGACACUGGGCUUUCGGUCCGAGUGGUGCAGGUCUGGUUCCAGAAUCAGCGCGCCAAGAUGAAGAAAAUACAACGUAAGGCGAAGCAGAACGGUGUUAUCUCUGGCAGUGGUGGUAAUGGCCGUGGUACUGCUAGUGCUACUGCCUCAGAUGAUAAGGAUGCGAGCGAGAAGGAAGACAAGUGCGUAAAACAGGAGCAUGGGUCGGAUACCGUGGGCUUCCUCGGCAGCAUGGACAGCUCAUUUGCCAGUCGGCCACUUAACCCAAACCUGCCGUUCUCUCCAGAUGAUUACCCGGCCAAUUCGAAUGAUAGCUUCUGCAGCUCUGAUCUCUCGCUGGAUGGCAGUAACUUUGAUCAACUGGACGAUGAUGCCGACUCUUUAUCGCUGAACAAUCUGGAACUGCAAUCGACCAGCUCAUCGGGCAACCACAAUCAGCACUCGAAUCCGCACGACAUGCUAGCCAAUCUGAACACGAGCCUUAUCAAUCCCAUCGACAAGCUAUAUCUCAUGCAGAACUCAUAUUUCAGCUCAGAGCACUAAAUGGUCAGUGGUCUCUUCCUGACCCAGAGAGUCGUCACAGUGGUACGAAUUUAUUAGCGUUAAAGACGUGGCCUCGGGCUCCCACGGUAGCAGCGAUUUAUUUGAUGAUAAUCGAUAGAGGAUAAUAAAUAGUUAGUAGUCGACAUAGACUUGGGUGUGAUACCAAGUUGCAAUGCGAUUUCAAAGGAUUGUAAGAAAAAAUAAAAUGUGAUUAUUAAGCUAAACCAAAUUUUAAGUACGUGGCGCGACGAAUUAUUUAUUGUUAGUUUGAAGUAACUACAUUUCGAAGAGCCAAAGGGUAAAUUCAAUGUGAGCAUACCUAUGUUUGUAAAUAAUUA